CAUUAUUUUUAAAAACUGCUGUGGUCCCCAACCAGCCUAAAGCUGGGGCUUUUCUUGUUAAAAGUAGAAGGAUGUUUGAAAAUAUUUCUGAAUGCUUGAGCUUUCAGAAAUUUUGUGUAUUCAGAUUUACCAGUCUUUCUUUCCCUUUAUAGCUUCUUCCCCACUCUGAGAACCGACACGUGCAGUUUGAGCGCUUCGUGGUGGCCGCCGGGGAGAACACGCACCCGGCGACCCGGUGGCCGAUGGCUCCAUGGCCGUGGUGGUCUGCACCCUGGCCCUGUGCUCCGCGGAGAACCAGGAGCGCAUCCUCCAGGAGGCGUGCAGAGUGCUGAGGCCGCGCCUGUCAGCGUGUGAGCAGGGCCGGUUAGCAGCAACCGCAUCACCUCGAGCGGGCCUAUCACUUUCAGCUGCAUCAAUGCUAUGUGAACAUCCCGGGGAACCAUUUCUGUCUAAGUUAGCUGAAUAAUGUGGUGCACGGUCUGAAACUGAAACCUGCCCUUUAAAAGAUGGUCGGCCCAAAACAGCGACUUAAAAAUAACUGUUGAGUUAGGAACCUCUGACUCUCAGCCCAGAACGCGAAAGGGAAAUUUCUGAACUGUGGCCGGGCGUUGGGAGACCUGGGCCCGGAGUGAGCGCGCUGCGCGGAGAGCACUGGGCUGGGAGCUAGCAGCCGUCUCCAAACCCAGAGACGGGGGAGCAGGAGCAGAUUCGGAACCAGGCACUGUCAGCCCCUUUCCUUCGGAGGAGAAGCCGGGAACCCCCUCCUCAUUUUGCUUCGUGAAAACUACGCUGAGUCAACUUUCGCCCACGUCUCCUGAUUGGGCGAGACGGGCCACCUGCCCAGGAUCGGACCUCGGCCCCGCGUUCGGUCCUGGCACCGCCCGUUCUCCCCUCCGAGGCUGAUUGGCUCUGGGACGUGGCCAGGAGCCUCCCUCCUGCACUUAAAGGAGUCCGCUCUCUGAGCCGUGGUUUUUUGUUUUGUUUUUCCUCUUCCGAGGGAUGGCGCUUACCAUCUUCAUCCUGCAGCUGGCCGUCCGCAUCCUGGCAUGCCCCUUGUACCUGCUGAACUUCCUGGGCCUGUGGAAGGGGAUAUGCAAAAAGUGCUUCUUCCCCUUCUUCUUGGUGAGGUGCACCGCCACGUACAACAAGCAGAUGGCGAGCCACAAGCGGGAGCUCUUCAGCAGCCUGCAGGAGCACGCGAGCCCCUCGGGGGAGCUCUCCCUGCUGGAGCUGGGCUGUGGCACCGGGGCCAACUUCAAGUUCUAUCCGCCCGGAUGCAGGGUGACCUGUGUUGACCCCAACCCCAACUUUGAGAAGUUCUUGAUCAAGAGCAUCGCUGAGAACCGACACGUGCAGUUUGAGCGCUUCGUGGUGGCCGCCGGGGAGGACAUGCACCCGGUGGCCGAUGGCUCCAUGGACGUGGUGGUCUGCACCCUGGUCCUGUGCUCCGUGGAGAACCAGGAGCGCAUCCUCCAGGAGGUGCGCAGAGUGCUGAGGCCGGGAGGGGCUUUUUAUUUCCUGGAGCAUGUAGCAGCUGAGCAUUCAACCUGGAAUUACUUCUGGCAGCAGGUCCUGGAUCCUGUCUGGUACCUGCUGUUUGAUGGGUGCAACCUGACCAGAGAGAGCUGGAAGGCGGUGGAGCGGGCCGGCUUCUCCAAGCUGCAGCUGCAGCGCAUACAGGCCCCGCUGUCCAUGGCGCUGGUGCGCCCUCACAUCUAUGGAUAUGCUGUGAAAUAGCGCCAGUGGGGAGCGGAGAGCUGAAUGAAUGGCUCAGAUAACCUAAGGCUUCCGUUUUACACUUAAAUCCUAAUUGGGAAAAGAGAAACCCUUUUUUAGGUAAAGCUGAAUUUCAUCCUAAAAAGUUUACCUUAUACCCUAUUUAGCCCUUUUCCAUUGUCUCCCAAAGAAUCAGCCCAUGUGAGGUUGCAUCGCUGUUUUCUAGUUUUGUUUAGGCUGCACUUGGAUUGAGUUUACUUCUAUGUUG